AUGGGUGCCACCAAGAAGUCUUGCGCCACCCGCUCGCGCAACCACGUGAUCACAUCAGCAGAGAGGUUUACGGCACCGACACUGCCUGGAUGGGGAGCGACUGGCGGAGCUCAGGUCGAUCGAGGACUUUCAGCUGCGACGGCAGACGACGAAGGACGUCCACGCACUCCUGCUGCGGGAAUGGAGGCAAGAUUGACGCUGGGGUGGGAUGGGUCGACACCUGCGGUCGAAGACAUCCACGUGUCGUUUCGACGAGGCUUUGAGAUGCUGGUCAAGAACAGCCUGCACCAUCACCACAAUAUCGAAGACCACUCGUGGUUUCCGCGUCUCAAGCAAUUGCACCCCGAGAACCGUUCCGAAGUGGACAUACGCGAACGAGAUCAUCGCAAACUCAUCGAAUUGGAAUCUCGCGUGGCGUCUGGUGACUACGAUGCCCUCGUCAAGUUCGUCAAACGCCUCAUGGACCAAUUCAACCGCGAAAGAAAUGUUGUCUGUGCCGUGGCUUCUGGAGGGCAAUGGUGA